AUGGCGCCAGUCGUGACGGCGAUCCAGCCGCCGGCUGUCGCGUCCAAAAUCAAACGCCCUGUCCCUCCGGGCAUCCAGACGAACGGAGCAAGCUCCAUCCGAUCAUCACCAUCGCCGUCGAUGUCGACCAAGAAGCCUCCAAACUCCGCGACGAUGAAUGGCGCGAACCCCCAGUCUGCGCGACCGGCCAACCGCACGCGCCGUGAGCCAUCCGCACAUGCCGGUCGCAAUUCUAGGAACAGCGCUGGCCUGCGAUCCGCAUCGCUCGCCGCUGACCUGGCCGCGGCGCAGGCCGUUGAGCCGCCACCAUAUAUUGUCACGGACGAAUACAUCUUGAAAAAGUAUGCCGGCCAUGCCCCGUCCCUGGUCGUACACUUUCACCCAACACAUUUCCGGUUCGAUCAACAAGACGGCAUGUUUCAAUACAGCUCGCCGAUGAGGAUUUUCCUCGAGCACUUGCGAUCUCGCACCGUUCCACACGACCUGAUCGAGUACUUCACACAAGGCGGAGUGUCCUUCUACGAAGGCUGCCUGAUCGUACAGGUACACGAUCACAAGUCAGUUGCCCAGGUCAAGGACGUGGCCCGCCCGACAUCCGCAUCCAGCAAGGUCGUGCCUUCGUCAAUACACAAUCACAAUCCUUACAUUGUGCCCUCACCAUAUGUCCCAUAUCCGAAAGAGUCGCUCGGCACUCAUCCAGAACCCUCUCUCGCGGACCAGGAGGAUGUCAAACCGAAGACUGCAGAACAGAAGGACAAAGAAAGCAUGCCAGCACCAAGUCUGCCUGGCGACGGUCAAAAGAGCAAAACCCCUUCAAAGCCCAAGAUCUUCACCGUUGUUCUCCACCCUACUCCGGAGAGCUUGCAAGCAGACCUCCUACUCAAAACCAUGACGCCGCGUGGCGUAACCGACGGUCGCGGCAGUAUUGACGGAACUGUGCCUCCAUCAACACCCAUCAGCAUGGUCCCGCCGACGCCUACAGCAGGGAGCAUGCCCCCUCCCGCCAAGAAGCCAAAGCGCGAGCGUAUGGAGUUGGAUGCCAGCAAUAUCUACCUUGCCGAAUCGCAAAUUCUACUCGCAACCAAUGCUCCUCUGUUUUUGGAGCCAACGAAAAACGCAGAAGAAACCAUCGGCCUUCUCGAUGCCUUGGCUCACCCGAAGCACUCCGACCCUCCCCCUCAACCAAAGACCAGGAAAAGGACAGUGGCCGAGAUGGAGGCCGACGAAGCAGCCGCGGCGGAUCAGGAGAAAUAUAUGCUCAUCCUGGACGAUCGCCUUGCUUCCGCUGUCGGCGGAGCACAAAGCGGAGCCAACGGGGCCGACAAAGAAGGCCCGGCCGUUGUUUCUACCUUUGAGCCAAGAUUCGAGCGGUUCAAGGUUAUUGCAGACAUUAAGAGAGAGUACGAGCAGAAGAAGGAGGCAGAGAAGGCCGAGGCGGCUGCCAACGAACGCAAGCUCCAGUUGCAGAAGCAGAAGCAGAUGCAGGACCAACAGGCGGCCAUUGCAGCACAACGCCAAGCCGAGGAAGAGAAGCUACGUCGCGAGCAGGCCAUGGCCCAAGAGCUCAAGGCGCGCCACGAACAGCAGCAACGGGAACAACAAAGACGGGUCUUGGCGCAGCAAGCCGCGGCAAACCAGGCCCAGAACAACCAGCACGCGGCGGGUAAUAUGCCUCAAGCCCAGCAAGCGCCUACGCCUAUGCCUAAUGGCAGCACAGGCGCUGUGGCAAGUGGCAUUCCUGCUCAGACCCAAGCUAGGUUCACUCAAGUCUCGCAGCCGACGGUGUCUUCGCCUGUCGUCCGACAAGGCACGCCUCACAGCAUGUCCUCCCCGAUGCCGGGAGCUGUGGCAAUGCAACAGUCCAACUCGAACAUGGCCAACAGUCCACCAAGGCCCCCGUCGGCGGUCCAAGGGCAUCCCCCUAACGUUGGAGGUGUUCCCAUGUCCCAUAGCAUGUCUGCCCGUGCCAGUCAGCAGAGUCAUCCCGCCGGUACGCCUCGCAUGCCUCAAGGAACCCCGAGUAUGCAGGCAACCCCAGUGCCCCGCCCUGCCGUCGCUGCCACGCCUCGUAUGGGACAGGCCAGCCCUCCUCCUAAUAUGAUGGCGACCAACUCUCAAAUGGGACAGCACAUGAUGAACAUGGGCACUCCUGUGUCCAUGCCACAGCAGAUGCAAAACCCUAGCAUGGCUGCGGCACAGCUCGCUCAGCAGCAACGCGCAAUCCAGCAGCAGCAGCUACAAGCGGCCAUGCAGAGCGGCAUGGGCAUGAUGAAUGGAAACAUGAACGGCCAACAGAUGACACAGCAGCAGCAGCAGUUCAUGCAGCAGCAAAUGCACCAAAGGAUGGUCAUGCAGCAACAUCAGCAGCAGCAGCAACAACAACAGCAACAGCAGCACCAGCAGCAGCACCAGCAGCAUAACCAGCAGCGUGGAAACAUGAACCAAAUGAUGACGCAACAGCUGGCCGCACAGUAUGCUCAACAACUUCAUAGGAUGGGAGGCUCCCAAAUGGGCGGAGGCCAGAUGUCACCGCAGAUGCAGGCUCAGUUGCAGGCACAAAUGGCGCAGAUGGGUAACCCGAUGCAGCGCCAAAUGGGCGGCGGCGGCGGUCAGAAUAUGAUGAACGGCGGCCACGGCGGGAUGAACAUGCAGCAGGCUAUGAUGCAGAUGCAACAGCAGCAAGCCGUGAACAACAGCUCAGCGCUGACGGCCCAGGUUAAGAUGCAGGGGAUGGCGUUGUAUAACAAGCAAAUCGCCAGCCUCGCUGCAAAAUGGGGAGGAAACGUGGAGAAUAUCCCGCCCGAACAGAUGGACACGUUCAAGCGAGACUGCAUGGUUCAGGCUAAGCAGCAGAUCCAAGCCGUCCUUGCGCAGCGUAGAGCGCAGCAGGUCAUGAUGCAACAGCAACAGGCCCAGCAGCAGCAGCACCAGCAUCAACAAAUGCAAGGCAUGGGCGGCAUGAUGGGUCCCCACGGCAUGUAG